AUUAAAAAUUAUAGACUGGCUAAGGUGGCAGAGCAUCUCUGUAGAAAACUGCAAAAUGUGGUAGUCUCUUUUACGUCGAAAUGCUGCAGAGGAAGCAGAGUCUGAAGGAAGCCGUCCCACUAGCUGACUUUGGUCCAGAUGAUGCGUUAAAUGAUCGAACAGAUGUCGAAUGGGUAAAUACAUCUUGGGUACGACUGCUCUUACGGGCUUGUGCGCUAUUAAGCUUAGUUUCAGUAUCAAUGAACACCCCUAGAACAUUUGACAUAUAUCCUUUCCUCUUAUACGUAACAUGUGCAAUUGAUGCUAUUGUUUUGUUAUUGUUUACGGCUGAAAUGGUAGCUAAAAUGCAUGGUAGAGGGAUAAUUAAGGGAGAAAUACCUUAUUUAAAAGAUAGAUGGUGCCAAUUCGAUGGGAUUAUGAUUCUGUUUAUUUGGGGUUCCGUUAUUUUACAAGCUCUGGAAAUGAAGGGCAUUGUGGAUCGAUAUUCCAAUCUAUCAAUAAUCAGGGCUCCUCGCCCCCUUAUUUUAAUCCGAGUGUUCCGAGUAUUCUUAAAAUUUCAAUUGCCAAAAACUCGUAUCGAAUCAAUAUUCAAGCGUUCUAGCCAACAAAUUUACAACGUUACGAUAUUCUUUCUGUUUUUUAUGUCUCUAUAUGGAAUAUUGGGUGUUCAAUUUUUUGGAGAUUUAAAGUAUCACUGCGUAAAAAAUGGAACUGAUCCAAAUAACGUCAAAGUUAACGAUUUGGCUGUACCCGACACUUACUGUUCACCUCAUAAGGAUUCCGGUUAUCAAUGUCCUGGCGAUUUGGUUUGUAUGGCCUUGAAAUUAUCCAGACAGGAAAGAGGGUUUAACGGUUUUGAUGAGUUUGCAACCAGCUUCUUUACCGUUUACGAGGCAGCAUCUCAGGAAGGAUGGGUGUUUAUCAUGUACAGAACAUUAGAUAGUUUAUCAUCUUGGAGGGGAUUCGUAUUCUUUCUUUCUAUGAUUUUUUUCCUUGCUUGGCUUGUAAAGAAUGUCUUUAUAGCCGUUAUAAUAGAAACUUUCGCCGAGAUCAGGGUACAAUUCCAGCAGAUGUGGGGGUCGAGAAACGGACCAGUUGAUUCGGAUACAUCCCAAGUUUUACAGUGCGAUGUCGAUGGUUGGAAGAUGGUUACUGUCGACGUUAACAAGCCUAAGGGUCUAGCACCACCAGUAAUAAGGAGACUAUUAUCAACACCUUGGUUUCAUAUGCUAAUAUUGCUUCUGGUGUUAGCUAAUGCCAUUAUUACUGCAACAAUUCACUUCGAUCAUGACAAAAUAAAUCCAUAUAAGAAGUUUGACGGAUAUUACUAUACGGAAGUCUUCUUUACCAUUUUAUUCGAUUUUGAAGCUGUGUUCAAAAUCUGGUGCUUGGGUUUUUCCGGCUAUAUUAAACGGUCCGUGCACAAAUUUGAACUGCUGCUAAUUAUUGGGACAACUUUACAUAUCAUCCCCGUAUGCUAUCGAUCUCAUUUAACAUACUUCCAAGUGAUGAGGGUCGUAAGGUUAAUUAAAGCUUCUCCUAUGUUAGAGGAUUUUUGCUGGAAAAUCUUUGGUCCCGGGAAGAAAUUAGGGAGUCUAAUUCUAUUUACAAUGUGCCUGCUUAUCAUCACUUCCUGCGUCAGCUUACAGUUGUUUUGUGCAAUAAAAGGAUUUCAUAAGUUUGCUACUUUUCCUCAAGCUUAUAUUUGCAUAUUUCAAAUUCUAUCGCAAGAGGGUUGGGUGGAUGUUUCUCACGCGGCAAUGUCCGCAAUCGAUAAUGGAGUAUAUUCAGCGGUCGUCGGAAUCUUUUUUCUUAUCAUGCAUAUGUGUCUGUUCAUUGCGAUCAUGUCAAUGUUUCAAAUUAUAACGCAAAAAGGUUGGAAUGAAGUGAUGCAUUUAACAAUGUGGGAAACUGGCGAAUCGAUCGUUGUUUCUCUCUUCGUGGCUGUUAUCCUUGAUAAUUUGGAAAUGGAUGAAGAUAUAAAAAAGUUGAAGCAAAUGAAAGCUAGAGAAAUGAGUGCUGAUUCGGGUCAAAAUCUACCUCUCAGGUUACAAGUAUUCUCCAAAUUUCCAGAUCGACCUCAAAUGGUACAGCUAACUAGAAUGCCAAAUGACUUUAUAGUAACAAAAAUGAGAGAUAGUUUUAUGAAGAAUUUCGUUGAGCAAGGAAGUAACGAUUUAUUCGAGAAAUUACUAGAAGAUGUUGAAGAAAUGGACGAAUUAGAGCUCAGACAUCCGCGGAAAACUUCUGAAUUACAUCUCUUAUCAUCACCUAAGACUAAGGCAGCCUUUCCUGCUCCAGUUCAUCGUAAAGUAAAUGUAGCAAUGAUUGUACGAAAAUCUAAUCAACAUAGAAUUUUAAAUGACGAAUCGACGCCAAAUUUUCCUGGACAUAAAAUGUCGUUAAUAUCCAAACAGCAUCAAAUUCGAAUGGAGAGAAAGAGUGUAAGGGGACGUCCCGGUAGUCUAAAGUCAACAAAAACAGCUCAUAAACUAAGAGAAAAUGGAGAUGUUGGAGGAAUUUUAUCUAAUAAGAAAACACAAGACUUUGAUUUUAAAAUGCUGCAGCAGAAAAGAGCGGAAGCGGAAAUUAGAAGGACUCAAGUAGAAGAAGAUUUAAGAGAAAAUCACCCUUACUUUGACACACCAUUAUUCGCUAUUGGCAGAGAAUCGAAAUUUCGAAAAUUUUGUUCUCUUAUUGUAAAUGCCCGUUAUAAUUACAUAAAAAGAGAUCCAGCUACUGGACAAACUCUUAAGGGUAAAUACAAGCAAUUACAUAAAUUAAUAGGUUUAGUAACAUAUAUGGAUUGGUGCAUGAUUAUUGUAACGAUAGUAUCGUGUGCAUCAAUGAUGUUUGAAACUCCAGAUAAUUUAAUUAUGGAAAAUUAUCAUUUACAAAUUGGCGAAUAUGCGUUCGUUAUUUGCAUGGGAAUAGAAAUGACUCUAAAAGUGCUAGCUAAUGGACUAUUCUUCACCCCAAAAGCUUUAGUAAGCGAUUUUAGGGGAAUUUUAGAUAUUUUUGUCUUCGUCGUUGUUUACGAAUUAUGUCGAGGCUUCAAAGAAAUACUGCUGGUCAGCGUUUUGUUAAUAGUUCUAAUGUUUAUAUUUGCUAGUUACGGCGUACAAUUGUUUGGUGGAAAAUUAGCUCGUUGCAAUGAUCCCGAAAUGAAAACUCAGGAAAAUUGUACGGGUACAUACCUUAGGCCAAUUCAUGUAACAAAAUUAAAAAUUGGGCCGCAUCCUCGUGAAGAUGCAUAUCCAAAGAUUUUAGUUCCCCGAGUCUGGGCCAAUCCGAGGAAUUUCAAUUUUGACAACCUUGGUAAUGCAAUGCUUUCCCUAUUUGAAGUAUUAUCUUUGGAGGGAUGGCUAGAAGUAAGGGACGUAAUAAUAGAAAGAGUAGGAGCUGCUCAUGCCAUAUUUAUACAUUUGUUUGUCUUCAUUGGUUGUAUGAUUGGUUUAACGCUCUUCGUCGGUGUAGUUAUAGCAAACUAUAGCGAGAAUAAGGGUAUAGCUUUAUUGACUGUAGAGCAAAAGAGAUGGAUGGAUUUAAAAGGAAGAAUUCGAUUAGCUCAGCCCCUGCAUCUUCGGCCAAGACCGGAAGGAAACGCUUUUCGAGCAUUUAUGUACGAUGUUACGCAGAAUAUAUACUUUAAGCGUUCAAUAGUUUUUCUAGUGAUGGCUAACUGCAGUUUAUUGGCCGUUCCUUGGCUAACAGAAAAGAAGCAUACAAUGCCCCUGGCAACAGUGUCUAUGGUUUUUACUAUUCUCUUUUUAGUGGAGGUUGUGAUGAAGAUGAUAGCUUUGACUCCUAAAGGCUAUUGGCAGAGUCGAAGAAAUCGAUUAGAUAUGUUCGCUACGAUAUCAGGAGUUAUAUGGAUUAUUCUACAUUUUACACUAAAAGCUCUAAAAAUUGACCAAGACUACAGUUAUACUUUCGGAUUUACUGUUGUAAUUGUCCGCUUUUUUACAAUAACUGGAAAGCACGCAACACUAAAGAUGCUUAUACUAACGGUAGUUAUGUCGAUGUUUAAGAGUUUCUUUAUCAUAAUGGGAAUGUUCCUUUGCAUGCUGGUAUAUGCUUUUGCCGGCGUUAUCCUCUUUGGAAGGGUAAAGUACGGCGAGAAUUUAGGAAGACAUGCUAAUUUCAAAACGGCGUCAAACGCUAUAGUAACGCUAUUUAGAAUUGUUACUGGAGAAGAUUGGAAUAAAAUAAUGCACGAUUGUAUGAUUGGACCUCCUUUUUGUGAAACACAUGAAAAUUAUUGGCAAACCGACUGUGGUAACUUUUCGGCUGCGCUUGUAUUUUUCUGUUCUUUCUACGUCAUCAUAGCUUAUAUUGUAUUGAAUUUACUUGUCGCUAUAAUUAUGGAAAAUUUUAGUCUAUUCUAUUCAAAUGAAGAAGAUGCUUUGUUGAGUUAUAAUGAUAUAAGACAAUUUCAAAAUACUUGGAAUGUUGUCGAUAUCAAUCGAAAGGGCUUGAUACCUGUUAGAAGGGUUAAAUUUGUUCUAAGACUUUUAAAAGGGCGGUUGGAGGUAGAUUUGGAAAAAGAUCGUUUAUUAUUUAAGCAUAUGUGUUAUGAAAUUGAACGUUUACAUAACGGAGAAGACGUGACCUUUCAUGAUGUUCUGACAAUGUUAGCAUAUCGUUCGGUUGAUAUCAGAAAAAGUCUGCAGUUAGAGGAGCUUUUAGCGAGGGAAGAAUUAGAAUAUACAAUAGAGGAAGAAGUUGCUAAACGUACAAUCAGAAAUUGGUUAGAUAAAUGCUUAAAGAGAAUGAGAGCGAAAGAAAAUUCCAAUAUUAUAACUAAUUUACGUGCCACCAAUGAACCUCUAUUUACUGUCUCUGAACAUAAUAGUCCACCAACUCCCCUCAAUACGGUGGUUGAUAGAGAAGAGACGACAAAUGUUAGGUCUCGUAAAAAGCAAAUCGAACGAAAUACAUCUGCUCCCUUGCCUGGCAUGCUUCAGGCUCCAAGUAAUAACAGGAAAUAUCUUUCGCCUACCCUAAGUGACAGCGCCUUGAAAUCUGAGAAGGAAAAGGUCGGACUAAAGAAACGUCAAACUCGACCAGGAGUAGUAAGCAGCACUAGAAAUCUUCCUGAUGUUUCUGAAAGUUACGAACAAGAUGACGCUAAUAGACCUACUAACUCUCCCUUUGGAGCAAGACACGCAGUCAAUGAGGUUAAAGAUUGGUGGCGGUCGGCGAGCGCUGAAUCCGAUUAG